AUGCUAACAUGGCCAACAAAAAGGAGACCUGCCCUUUUAUUCCUUCUUCCUCCUCUUACGGUGACCCCUGCCCGGAUCUCUUUUUCAACGCCCUCAUACCAGACGACUGGAGUUCGACACGGCCGUACUUUGGCUUCACCAGAACCACCCCAAGACUUCGUUCAACACAUUUCUCGGAUCCACGACCGCGGCGGAGGAUCGGGUUAUAUCCGUGGCUAUUUUCUUGGCGUGGUUCAUAAGUCCCCUCGCGUACUCAUUGGCAUCGAUGCCUUUCCUGGCCCAACCGCCGAUGCCAUUCGCCACUCCGAUAGUCUGGGCAUCAUAGCAGAUGAAGUGGGCGUCUUCGCUCAAGGGUCUUUCCUGGUUCUCUCAAAGAAUCUAAAAGAGUAA